GCGCAUCAUACAGACAGAGGUAGGUAGGCUAAUAGGCUUAUACACUUCCGUAAUCCGUACAAUACCGAUUCGAAUAAACACUCCCUUGAAACGCGUCCAAUUUGGCAAAACUGAACACCGUUUCGUGUAUUUUUGUCGAUAAAAAAAAAUGUUCAUACAUAUCACUACUACAUAUUGUUUUUGCACUUUCAUUUCACCGCUAUGUUUGCCUCAUCCUUCAUUUUGAGCGAACCCGUAGAUACGAGUACGAUGACUAAUAAUGAAGUAAUGAUAAUCUAAUCGCAAAAAUUCGAAAUUUUUCAAAAAUUCCAACAUCGAUCGAAUCUAAUUUUCGAACAUGUGUAACUAAGUAUGUACAGUAAUCGUUUGUCAAUUUGAAAAUAAAGUGUAAAAAUGAAAUGUUUUACCAAUGUGUCAUACCCCGCACUUGACCUUGAGAAAGCAGUCGCUAUGAACAUCUCUUUCAAUUCUUAGAUAUCCUUCAGAGUCUGGAAAUUUACGAGUACUAGGGACGAGUCGCUUCAGUUAUACAAUAGUAAUCUAGUUGAUAGAAAUCAAGCAUCAUGGAAAGAGCCUUGACUCCUUUUCUAAUCGAUCCUGUCUUUCUAGAAGCUCAGAAAAGCUUUUCAAAAAAUGAAAUUAUUACAGAUGCUAUGCUGAUGGCAUUACACAGUGUAUUCGGUAAAAUUCUUAGAAAUGCCUUGGACCUGAUUGAAUCAAAUGCGGUGACGAUGUUGAUUGUAAAAGACAAUUCUUUGAGAACCGAUCAAUUUAUAUACCAGGUAGCUGGAAGCAGAGGUCUUACUUACGUUAUUUUCCACGAUAUCAAUUAUUGUCAAUGUAAAUUUUACGAACUGCAAGUUGUCCAGUCAAAAUCGUAUCCUGCUUGCAAGCAUUAUAUAGCCGCAAGAUUGGCUUACAUCUGGAAAAAAUUUCGAACGUUCGAAAUCAGUUUUGAAGCCUACAAAGAUACCAUAACGAAUAUUGCGAAAUCCCAAACGCCAGCGGAUAAAUAGCCGGGAAAUGCGUAUUAUUUUCCCAGUAUUCUUACUUGUUACUCCUUAUCCUUACGAUUUGUCAUGCACGUUAAAAAAAGAAUGGUGUCUUUCAUCGAUGUAAUUUUUUAUUUUACGAAAAAUCAAAAAUAAACAUUUCCUUGCACUGCGUA